AUGCAUAUCCCAACUCUAUUUCUUUCCGCCCUGGGAUUAGUCUCCAUUGCUUCGGCAUUUCCCAGCCGAAUCUCAAACCCAGAGAAACUAUUUCGUCGCCUUCUGUUGCGAAGGCUAGAUACAAAUGCUGAUGAAGACAGUCUGCGAUACCAGCCAGCCCUCGAUUUUGACAAGGACAGUUGCUAUCACACUGCAGCUAUCGAUAGGGAUGGUGUAGUAAACAAAGGUCUCUCCAUACAUGGAGAUAUAACACACGACUGCCGUGAUAGGACUCGGCUCGACAAUGCAAACGUCUACACAAGAAAGCGCUGCAAUAACUGUUGGUGCGCAUACAUAACGGGUCUCCCAUGGAGUGGCCACAUACACGAUUGGGAAAACGUAGUAGUCUUUGUCAAGAACAACACCAUCCAACGCGUGGUAGCCUCAGCGCACGGAAAAUACCGUCAUAAGGACAACCUCUUACUACAAGACGGCCACCCUUUGAUCGUGUACCACAAGAGCUUUAUGUCAACUCAUGCCCUUCGGUUUGCUAAAGACGAGGACGUGAAAGACGUUGAGAACGAUUAUGGGAAGUGGUUUAUCGCAGAUCUGAUUGGCUGGGAUGGGUUUCCUACCCCAGAGUUCAAGCAGAAGUUGUCAAGCCAUAAGUUUGGAAAGGCGAAUUUUCAUUUGACAGAUGGGCAGUUUGCAUGGAGUUUGGAAAAGGCAGCCGGGGAUGCUGUUCCUGGGUUUGACUGUCAGAAGGAUGGAGGGAAAGAGUACAAGAACAAGGACGAAAGUGAAAAGAAGGAUACGCGCAAAGAAAAGCAGAAGGAUAAACUGAAAGACAAGGGCAAGAUUCAAGUGAAAGAGAAGAAUGUAAAGAAUGAAGAGAGCGAGGACGAAGAGAAGGAUGGGGAUGUCAAUGAGGACAAGGGUGGAGAGAGGGAGAAUGAUACAAAGAAGGAUAAGGAUGAAGACAAAUAG